AUGUGUGACAUGGGGGGAUUGGAUAACCUUGUGGCCAACACGGCCUACCUGAAAGCCCAGGGUGGCGACGACAAGGAGAUGAAAAAGCGUCGUCGAAGUCUGUCACUACCUAAGGCCGAGCUGUGUGUCGCCAUCAGGGAAACUGUGGAUAAGAACUUUGAGUCGCUCUGCGAGAGGCAGCCGAUCGGCAAGAAGUUUUUCCGGCAGUUCCUGGCUGCUACCCCAGAGUACAUCAAUGCCGCUGAGUUCCUGGAUGAGCUGAAUGACUGGGAUCUGGCGGAAGGCGCUGACAAGGACAAGCAGAGGACAAACAUGAUAAACAAGUUCUGCAAGGACGCCUCCAAGAACUUCCUGACCUACCUCACUGCGGAGAUAGCCGACAAGUGCAAGGCAGUGACGGACAAUGACUUUGAUGAAGUGAUCAAUGUUAAGGUGAAGGAAGCCACACGGGAGUUUCUGAAAGGCAAACCCUUCUCGGAUUACCAAACUAGCCCCUUCUUUGACAAAUUUCUGCAGUGGAAGGAGUACGAGAAGCAGCCCAUCAGUGAUAAAACCUUCUACGAGUUCAGAACUCUGGGCAAGGGAGGUUUCGGAGAGGUAUGUGCCGUACAGGUGAAAAACACAGGCCAGAUGUACGCCUCCAAGAAACUGUGCAAGAAACGCCUGAAGAAGAAACAUGGUGAGAAGAUGGCCCUGCUGGAGAAGCAGAUCCUGGAAAAGGUCAACAGCCUGUUCCUUGUCAACCUGGCCUACGCCUACGACACCAAGACCCACCUGUGCCUUGUCAUGACUCUGAUGAAUGGCGGUGACCUCAGGUACCACAUCUAUUACGUCAGUGAGAAGACCAAGGGUAUCGAGAUGCCACGUAUCAUCUACUACACAGCACAGAUCUGCACAGGCAUCCUUCAUCUGCAUGAAAUGGAUAUCAUAUACCGUGACAUGAAGCCAGAGAACGUGCUGCUGGACAGCUUUGGCCAGUGCCGACUCUCUGAUCUGGGUUUGGCCGUGGAGCUGCCUGCCGGAAAGACCAUCUCCCAGAAGGCUGGAACCGGAGCAUACAUGGCCCCUGAGAUCUUACAGGAUGUUCCCUAUAGGACGUCCGUGGACUGGUGGGCCCUGGGCUGCAGCAUCUACGAGAUGGUGGCCGCCUACACCCCUUUCAAGGGUCCCGAAUCCGGGAAGCAGAAGGUGGAGAAGGAGGAGGUGCAGCGUCGCAUCAUCAAUGAUGAACCCCCAUGGGAGCACAAGAACUUUGACGCGCCCACCAAGGCCAUCAUCCAGGAGUUCCUUAAGAAGAAGACUGAUGAACGCCUGGGCUGCAAGGGAGGAGGCGAGGAUCCCCGAAAACACGAGUGGUUCAAGGCCAUCAACUUCCCUCGUCUGGAGGCUGGUCUGAUCGACCCCCCUUGGGUGCCCAAGCCCAACGUGGUGUACGCCAAGGACACUGGCGACAUUGCUGAGUUCUCUGAGAUCAAGGGCAUUGUGUUCGAUGCCAACGAUGAGAAGUUCUUCAAGGAGAUUGGCACUGGAGCCGUGGCCAUUCCAUGGCAACAGGAGAUGAUAGAAACGGGACUGUUUGACGAGCUCAAUGACCCCAACAGGAAAGAGUCCGCUGGGGGGGGUGACGACGAGGGAAAGUCUGGCACGUGCACACUGCUGUGA